AUGGCUUCUCAGAUAAGUUUGCAUGGGCGAGAACCUAGUUUCUUCAGCAAAUUGGCUUUUUAUUGGGUCAACACAUUGCUUGCUAAAGGUUACAAAAAACCGUUGCUUCUUGAAGAUAUUCCAUCUCUAGGAUGCAUAGACCAAGCCGCAGUUGCCCAUGAAAAAUUUACAAAAGCAUGGGAUUUGGCCAAUUCGCUUCGAAAUGGACAAACCUUAAGCAAUGCUAACAUGGUUCUUAAAACAUUAACCAAGGUUUAUUUCCAUGAGAUGGUCUUAUCUGGAUUUUGUGUCUUUCUUAGGACAAUAGCGGUUGUGGCUAGCCCAUUGUUACUCUAUGCCUUUGUCAGCUACACAAACCAUGAAAAUAAAGAUUUACAUCAAGGGUUCUUUUUAGUCGGGUGUUUGAUUGUAGUCAAGGUGACCGAGUCACUGAGUCACAGGCAAUUUUACUUUAUUGCGCGAAGAACUGGUAUGAGAAUGAGGUCAGCUUUAAUGGUCAAAGUGUAUGAAAAACAACUUAAACUUUCUAAUUUAGGAAAGAAACGGCAUUCUACCGGAGAAGUUGUGAAUUACAUAGCAGUUGAUGCUUAUAGAAUGGUUGAAUAUCCUAUGUGGUUUCAUGUGGGCUGGUCUUCUAUUAUUCAGUUAUUUCUAGGUAUUGGUGUAUUGUUUUCCAUAGUUGGAAUAGGUGCAUUUCCAGGUUUAGUCCCUCUAAUCAUAUGUGGACUUCUUAACGUACCAUAUGCAAAAGUUAUUAAGAAGUGUCAAUUAGAAUUCAUGAUGGCUCAAGAUAAGAGACUAAGAUCCACUUCUGAGAUCUUAAACAGUAUGAAGGUUAUAAAGUUACAAUCCUGGGAACAAAAAUUCAAAGAAAUAGUUGAAUCUUGUAGAGAACUUGAAUUCAGAUGGUUGUCUGAAGCUCAAUUCAAGAAGGUUUAUGGCACUAUUUUGUAUUGGUUAUCGCCAACACUUGUUUCUUCAGCCAUACUUAUAGGGUGUGUAUUUUUGGGAAGUGUCCCUUUAGAUGCUGCCACUAUUUUUACAGUUUUGGCUACUUUAAGAACUAUGUCUGAUCCCGUAAGGUUUUUGCCCGAGGCAAUUUCUGCAUUAAUCCAAGUCAAAGUCUCGUUUGACCGGAUCAAUUCUUUCUUAGUUGAUGAUGAACUAAAGAAUGAUUUGUCGAAAAGAGGCCAAGAAAGGGAAAAAUUAGAUGACAGUGUUACAAUAAAACAUGGGAAUUUUGCAUGGGAUCCUGAAUCACCUAUUCCAACACUUAGGGAUAUAAAUCUUGAAGUAAAAUGUGGGCAAAAAAUUGCGGUGUGUGGGUCAAUUGGUGCUGGAAAAUCAUCUGUGUUAUAUGCUAUUCUUGGAGAAAUAUCCAAAACUUCAGGAACAGUGGAUGUUUUUGGAUCAAUUGCUUAUGUUAGCCAAACAUCUUGGAUUCAGAGUGGUACAAUUCAAGAUAACAUUUUGUAUGGAAAGCCAAUGGUUAGAGAUAAGUAUGAAAAAGCCAUAAAAGCUUGUGCUUUGGAUAAAGAUAUAAUGGCUUUUGAACAUGGAGAUUUAACAGAAAUUGGCCAAAGAGGGAUUAACAUGAGUGGUGGUCAAAAGCAAAGGAUUCAACUUGCGCGAGCAGUAUACAAUGGUGCUGACAUUUAUCUUCUAGAUGACCCUUUCAGUGCAGUAGAUGCACACACUGCAACAAGUCUCUUUAAUGAUUGUGUUAUGACUUGUCUUAAGGGUAAAACCGUCAUUCUUGUCACUCAUCAAGUGGAAUUUCUCUCAUCUGUUGACAAGAUUCUGGUUAUGCAAGAUGGUCAGGUUACACAAACAGGAAACUAUGAGGAUCUCCUAAUGGAAGGGACAGCCUUUGAGAAGCUUGUGAAUGCUCAUAAAGAUUCUAUUACUAACUUAGAUACUUCAUCUUCUGAAAGUAAAAGUAAAAGCAAACUCCAUAACAGAGAUAAUAAAAAUUGGCAAAGUGAAAAGAACAGCAAGGAAAAUAUAUUGACAAAGGGUUUAGGAGUACAAUUGACUGAAGAAGAAGAAAAGGAGACAGGGAAUGUUGGAUGGAAGACAUUCUUAGAUUAUGUUAUCAUCUCAGAAGGAUCAUGGUUUUUGACUUUAAGUGUCAUGAGUCAUGUUGGUUUUGUUGCUCUCCAGGCAGCAGCAAGUUAUUGGCUAGCGUUUGGUAUCCAAAUCCCUAAAAUCACUAAGGUCAUGUUGAUUUGUGUUUACACUUUGGUUUCAACCACAAGCAUGCUUUUUGUGUCUCUGAGAUCACUUUUUGCUACCCUUUUGGGAUUAAAAGCAUCUAAGGCAUUUUUCCACAAGUUCACAGAUUCGGUUUUCAGUGCUCCCAUGGUCUUCUUUGACUCUACUCCAGUUGGACGAAUUCUAACAAGGGUCUCAUCUGAUUUGAGUGUGAUUGAUUUUGACAUACCCUUUUCGUUUGCCUUUGCGUUUAGUGCUGGUAUUGAUUUACUUGCCACAAUUGGUAUUAUGGCUUCAGUGACUUGGCAAGUUCUGAUUGUAGCCAUCUUUGCCAUCGUGGCUUCAAAAUAUGUGCAGGGAUAUUAUCAGCCUACUGCAAGGGAGCUAAUGAGAAUCAAUGGGACCACAAAAGCACCCCUUGUGAAUUAUGCAUCUGAAACAUCACUUGGAGUUGCAACAAUAAGAGCAUUUAAAAUGCAAGAUAGGUUUUUUGAGGAUUUCCUAAAGUUGGUGGAUAGUGAUGCAAGUACUUUGAUUUUCUCAAAUGCAACUUUAGAAUGGUUGAUUUUGAGAACAGAAGCGUUCUCAAACCUAACCCUAAUCACAGCUGCGUUUCUCUUGGUUUACACUCGAAAAGGCUCUUCAGGGUUGGUUGGCCUCUCUCUAUCUUAUGCAUUGGCACUAUCUAGUAUCCAAGUGUUCUUUACUAGAUGGUAUUGUAGCUUAGCCAAUUAUAUCAUAUCAAUAGAAAGAAUCAAACAAUUUAUGCAUAUUCCACCUGAGCAACCAGUAACUUUGGAGAACAACAGACCACCAUCAUCUUGGCCUUCCAAGGGAAAGAUACAUUUCGAGGAUCUAAAGUUGAGAUAUCGUCCAAACGCACCACUAGUUCUCAAAGGAAUCACUUGUACAUUCGAAGAAGGGACUAGAGUAGGUGUUGUUGGAAGGACCGGAAGUGGCAAAACCACACUUAUAACAGCGUUAUUUCGCUUGGUAGAACCUGAUAGUGGAAGUAUUCUUAUAGAUGGAUUAAACAUUUCCCAUAUUGGACUUAAAGAUCUCAGGAUGAAAUUGAGUGUCAUCCCACAAGAACCCACCCUUUUUAGGGGAAGCAUUCGAACAAAUUUAGACCCACUUGGACUUCAUUCUGAUGACGAGAUAUGGAAGGCAUUAGAGAAGUGUCAACUAAAGAACACAAUCACUGAUCUUCCAAAUUUGCUAGAGUCUUCUGUGAGUGAUGACGGAGAGAAUUGGAGUGCUGGACAAAGACAGUUGUUUUGUUUAGGGAGAGUAUUACUUAGGAGAAACAAAAUCCUAGUACUUGAUGAAGCAACUGCAUCCAUUGAUUCAACAACAGAUGCCAUUCUUCAAAGAAUCAUAAGGGAAGAAUUCUCAAGUUGUACAGUCAUAACCAUUGCUCAUAGAGUUCCAACUGUCAUAGACAGCGACAAAGUCAUGGUUCUCUCUUUCGGGGAAAUGGUAGAGUAUGGCGAACCUUCAAAGCUAAUGGAAAUGGAUUCUUUCUUUUCCAAGCUUGUAGCUGAAUACUGGGCCAGCUGCACAAAGAACUCUUUGGAGAAAUUUGAUGGCUUUUAGUGAGACUGAGAGCGAAAUAAUAUCCACGUUUUUUACUAUGUCUAAUGAUCAUUUUCAAUAAAAAAAUUUCAGCUCUCUAGCUAA